AUGAAUAAUUACAGACACAUAGAUGGAGAUAGUGGAUUGAUGACAUCAUAAUUUCAUUUUGGAGAUUCACCUAAGGCUAUUAUUGAUUACAGUCAAAGUGAAAGAAUUGAGACUCUAAUUUAGAAAAAUAUCAUGAGAUCAGAAAUUAAAAAACACCAAAGAGCCGAAUCUAAGGGCUUAAUAGAACAUUCAAAUAUGCAAUUAAAUGGCCAUUUGUUACCAUAAAUAACUUUAAAUUGUUAAUCUUCAGCAGUAUUUGAUUAAAUAGCACUUGAGCUUAAAUAAUAGUAUUUGAAUUUGCAUAAAUAUUUUCAAGUAACUACUCUUGUAUAUUGAGAGAAGCAAAUCAAAUGAUGUUUCUCCAAACUAAGAUUGAUUCAUUUUGCUAAAAGAUUAUUAAAAAUGCCUGUACUCCAACUUAUAUAGCAAGUUAGAGCAACAAUAGUCUUAUUUUAGUAAAAUAUUCAAAAUAAAAGCUUAAAAUCGAUGCUUUAUCUGGAGUAAACUUAUUAAUUAAAAAGUUAGAAUUAUAAAUAAAAUGAAGAUGUAUUAUUAUCAGUUUGUACUGUGGUUAAAAGAUAUAAUCAAAUUAAUAAGGAUUUUGAACCUAUAGAUGAUUUGAGCCAUAUCAAUCCUUUUGCUAUUACAGCUAUUUCAAUGAAUAGAAUAUAUGAUUAUUUGGAUGAUAAUUAAGAGUUUAAAUAAAAGUUGGAUUCUAUUUUAAAAGAUAUUGAUUCAAUAGCCAAACCAAAAAAAUAAUAAUUGUAGAAAUACAUGUAAGAGAGUUCUUAAUUGGUUCUUGAUACAUUUUAAUAGUUUAAAUAAAAAAAGGUGAAAUAUGAUUAACAAUAUUAUUUAAUGGCAAUAGAGAAAGUGGUUUUUGAAUCAGUUUAUGAUAAGCUAUUUCAUUUUUAUAUUGAUUUCAAUGAAAAGAAUGAAAAUCAAUUUAACAUCAAAAAGUAUUGAUAAAUGAAAAUAGAGAUAACAAAUAAUUGCCCAGUGUAGUGAACAUGAUACGAUGGAAUUCUUGGAAAUAAAAAAUAAAUAUAGAUUAAAUCAAUAAUAUUGGAAUGGAAUAGCUGAAUUAAAUAAGGUGGAUAAAUCUACAAAUCCUAGGGAUAAACUUAGAUCAAUAUAAUAAAUGUAAUGUUUAAUAAAAUGUAUAGAAUUAAUAUAAUAUUAUUAUUAGCAUUAAUAUAUGAAAAUAGUAAUUGUGAAUUAGCAACUAUGGAUGAUGAAUUACCAGUUAUGAUCUACAUCAUCUUAUAUAGUGAAUUUUAGAAUAAAUUUGCAUCUAUUCAUUAUGUAGAUGAUUUCUGUAACACUGAUCCAACAAUAGAAACUGGAAAAAGAACAGUAACAACUUUGAGAGUGUCUUUAGAAUAUAUUGCUAAUGAAUGGAAUAUUUGAU